GGAAAGGCAGUCUACGGAGGCAUAGUAGGUGAAGGUAGUUGGUGAUUAACUCCAACAUUUUCCUCGUUGUUCAAAACUCUUUCACAGGAGGAAUUCCUAAAUCAUAUGGGAAUUGUUACACUCUGAUUCACUUUCGGGUUAACAAUAACAGUCUCAGUGGUAUGGUCCCCCCGGGUAUCUGGGCAUUGCCUCAUGUUUACAUAAUUGAUCUAAGUGAUAAUAACUUUGAGGGUGAUUUAAGCACAGAAAUAAAAAAUGCAAAGAAUCUUUGUGUUUUCACCAUCAACAAUAAUAAUUUCUCAGGAAGCAUACCUUCAGAAAUUGGUCAAGUAUUGCUCUUGGGCAAAAUGGAUGCAAGCAAUAAUCAGUUCUUUGGAGAGCUACCUAAAGAAAUCGGAGGUUUGACUAUGCUCAGUAGCCUACUUUUGCUGAAAAACAUAUUUUCUGGUUCGAUACUAGAUACAUUAGGACUCUGCACGGCUCUCUCUGAAAUUAACCUUGCAUGAAAUAAACUGAAUGGUUCUAUUCCUCAAUCGGUUGGAUCCAUACAAGUUCUCAACUCUCUGAAUCUCUCCAAUAAUCAACUCAGUGGCCAGAUUCCAGAUACCCUUUCUGCAUUGCAGCUAAGCUUACUAGAUUUUUCCAACAAUCAGUUGAUAGGGCCAGUGCCAACAAAGCUCAUUAGUCUUUCAGGCAAAAGUAGCUUUUCCGGAAAUAAGGGGCUUUGUGUGAAUGGAGCCAAUUCAGUUUUCUUAAGCCAAUGCGCUGUUGUUACUCCUUCAUCUUCUAUAGCAAGAUCCCAUGCCAGAAUCCUAAUAGCAAGCUCCAUCUCUGUAGCUGCAGUGAUCAUUUUUGUAAUAGGUUGGGUUUUACACAAAAAAACAUACAAAGCACCUGAAUCCCAGGAAUCUUGGGAUCUCAAGUCCUUUCACAGUGUUACAUUUACCGAGGAUGACAUUCUUCAUUGCCUAAAGGAAGGGAACAUAAUAGGCAGUGGUGGGGCUGGGAAAGUUUUUAAAGGAGAAUCAAGCAAUGGGGAAAGAAUUGCAGUGAAGCAGCUAUGGAAUAGCAACACAGCGAAAGUCAAUCAUUCAAGAGAGCAAGCAUUGAGAAAACGCCAAUUUGAAAUGGAGGUGGAAACAUUGGGAUCUAUCAGGCACACAAAUAUAGUGAAGCUGUAUUGCUGCUUGUCCAACAAACACUCAAAUCUCAUUGUAUAUGAGUACAUGAAAAAUGGCAGUUUGUGGAACAGAUUGCAUGGGGAAAAUAGGGGUUCAACAUUAGAUUGGCAGACACGCUAUAAAAUAUUGUUGGGAAUAGCUUAUGGGUUGGCCUACUUGCAUCAUGACUGUGUUCCUGCUAUUGUUCACAGAGACGUGAAAUCCAGUAACAUAUUGUUGGGUGAAGACAUGGAACCCUGUUUAGCUGAUUUUGGUGUCUCUAAAUGCCUUCAAGUCAGUGGAAAGGGGAAUUCUACAGCUGUCAUAGCAGGCACUCAUGGCUACAUUGCUCCAGCUUUGGGGUUGUGUUGAUGGAGCUAGUGACUGGCAAACGUCCGAUGGAGGAUGAAUUUGGAGAGAACAGGGGAAUUAUUGAUUGGGUCUCUGCCAAAUAUUUCUCGAGAGAGAGGAAUUAUUGAGGUAUUGGAUGAGAGGGUUUCUAGAUUUUGCAAUGAUGGGAUGAUGAAGGUGCUCAAAAUUUCAGUGUUGUGUACAAGGAGUGUUCCUACAGAGAGGCCUUGUAUGAGAGAGGUGGUACAAAUGUUGUUGGAAGCACACCCCUAGUUGGAAUCGACUUAACGUGUCGUUAAUAAAUCACUCCCCUGUUAGAUGCAAUAUAAUGCCAACCAGAUUAGAUUGUUUUUCAGGAAUGUGCAAUUCAAUGACCGAUAAAUUUGGUUCUGAAACAUAGUGGAUGGAUCUAUAGUCAUCCAUAGCAUCAUGCAGCGUAGAAAUAUUUGGUCGUGUUCUCACUGUGUAGAAAAUUUAGGAUCGAAUCCCGCCUUUAUGUCGCAAUAGUCCAGCAUAUGUACGUGUAGCUAGCUAAAUAUAAUGCUGCAUAGACACAGGUCUACAUGCAUGCAUAUUCUACUUGUCUACGUACAAUACUUUUCUCCCUAACA